AUGGCAGCUAAUGGAGAAAAUGCUCCGGGCCAAGUGCCUGAAAAUGAGCGGAGGCCCGCAGAACCAGCCUCGUCCAUCCUCGCGGCACAUUUUGCCCCGCGUCUCGCAUCCCAAGGGCACGAAGGGCAUGAAGCACAGCGACUGUCGCGAGAAACAUUCUCACAACUUCGUCAAGAACUUCUUGGCGAGAAGCACAGCCAGCUGCGCGUUGAUGAAGGCAUUACCGAUAUCAACAAACUAGUUUGUAUCGUUCUCCAGGCCGGCCUGGAAGCUAGUCCUAACAGUAGCGCCUCGGAAGAGGAUCUGGAAGGGCAGGUCCUUGACUGUCUGGAUAUCAUACAAGCAAGCAUUGAGAAAGCCCCGCAGGCUCUGUGGGACAUUUCGGACCCGCUCAUACUGGGCGAGGAAGUCCAAGCGCCGCUGUUUGCAUGGUUGAUUUUACGACUGAUGAGGUUGGCCUGCAUCUGGCAAUCUGAAGCCGCUCAGGAGAAAAUUUGCCUGGCUCUCACCAGCAUAGCUUGCCUGCAACAUAAACAGGCUCGUUCAUCUCCUUCAUUCAAUGGCAUUCCGGCAUUCCUCCGGGUUUGCACGUCGGAUAUACUAUGCUCACUGGAAGCACCUCAGGUUCAUUAUUGGCGAAAUAUUCGUCCCGCGAAGAUAUCCAUGCCUGCGCCAAAUGGGUCUCUUCUCACAGACUUGGACCAUCUGCGCCUUCCUCGCGGUCUGCUGGGAAGAAGUCUGGUACUGGGUACUUUCCACCAGGCAUUCACUCUCACCCUUACGUUGCUGGAUUCAUUCAGCCCUAAAGUGACAAAUGAGAGCCCCGACAAGUGCCAAGAUCUCAUUCUUCGUCAAAAUCUCCCCUGGGUGCUGAACGGAUACAAUCGUCUACGAAAAGUAUUAGUCAGAUGGUUGCGGAUUACAGGAUCGAAGUUGACUCCAGAGGGAAAGAAGGCCUGUUUACAAUUUUUAGCAUCCACCCGCCGUCUCUGUGUGUGUCGAUCUGCACCGACUCUACCGUCAGACAUGAGCUUGGCUUCAACCUGGACCCAAUGCAUAAGCGAGCUCAUUCAUCCAAGUAUCAGCAGCUCCUUCCCUGCGAUGCAAGUUGAACUAAGCAACUAUCUGGAUGAAUUUGUGCAAGCAACGGGACGGUCCAAGUCAUCUGCUCAGCUGUUGAGGGAAAUAUUUCUACCGGCCCUGGCAGAAAUCGAAGACCUGAACUUUAGCCUCCAGUCAAUGGAGUCUUGUCUAUGGGUCUCGCUUCAAUCUCUUCGCGCUGAACUGCUCGCAUCGACACCCGCAAGAUGCCCCUCCGGAGUUGUAUCAGGAGUUCUGGAUGAGAACUUAACUCUUGCCAGUCAGAUACAUGGUGUGACAGGCCAGGAACAGGAUCAAAAUGAUGAAACACGCGCAUCGAAGCGGAUAUGUCUUCUAGUUGAGCCCUCCGGUCAGAAUCUUCUACAAAUUUUAAUGGCAAAAGUCUCUUCGCUACUGGGCUGUGAUUGUGUUGGAAACUUGACAGAUUUGCGCGCUGCCAUUCAGACCACAUUCGAGAGCCUCCCUGAACCCCGCAAAUCAGAUAUUCUGGAGGUAAUGGGCAAAGUUUCCUGUGCCAUCACGGAAAAUCUGGCGCAGAAGCCGUUGGAGAUUGGGACCCGAGAGAUUUCUAUUUGUCUCGUCUGUGAUGGCGAACAUCUUCAACCUGGAAUUCUUCCGGAGAAAGACAUCCCUCAGUUCGAAGAUUUGUGGUCAAUAUUCAAUUUUAUCUUGCCGAAACUCGCACGCACGCCUGGUCCACGCAUCGCUGCUAUGGUAGCUUUGAAGAGAAUCUUGAUGCACUUCCCUAGCUCAAACCAGAUGCAUCUUUCAUCAUCUGCAGCUGGGGAAUUCUGUCUCCAUUCCCUUCGAAGCUCUAUCCGAGAACUUCGGGUCGCGACCGGGCAUUCAAUGGUAGCAUUUGUGCGGUCAAAUCUUCAGCCGGACAUUCGCCGAGCAAAUUUUGUUGUCGUAUUGGAAUGGUUAAAAAACCUGACCGAGAAAGAUGACAUGCCACUACAAGAAACAUGCGUCCUGACAUUGUGUCGACUUGCUAGUGUCUCAGAAGAUGAAGAGAAAAACAUCAUUCUCCUUCGUCUCUUGGAGUAUCUCGGUCAUCCAAACCCCUACGUCUGUGCAGUGGCCUACAAUGAGCUGUCUAAGCUUGCGCAGCAACUUGCAUUGACGCCCGCUGGCUUGUUUCGGCCGUAUUGGAGGACCCUAUCCGUGGUUGUUGUCAAAAACCUCCAGGCUCGGCCACAUAUGGCAGAGCAGCUUUGCGAAUUGCUUGGUAUGAAAGUUGACGGCUUCCUUCGCUUGACAGAGGUGCAUGUUCUCCCAUACUUGGUUCUAACAAGAAAACGGGACAUCAUUUGCAGAAUCGGGGCAAGUCGCAAUGAAGGUGAAUCGCCAUUUGACGUCUGUUCUGAAAAGAACAAUCUUGCUGCGAUUCUUGCUUUUCUUCUGUCUCAGCAAUCUAACAACCCAGAGGCGAUGAUCAUGUCUUUAUUGGCUGAAAUAGAUCCUGCUUUCAAAAGUCGGACCCUAGCGGAUCUGGUGCGGAUCGAGCCAAUUCUUAUUGCCUGUGAUUUACUGAAGAGCCUCGGGGAUGCUGGAGAGCAGAACAAGGAAAGGUUCCAUCAAGCACUGAGCCGCCUGGCCACAUUCGUUCCGCGGAAGUUUGCCCAUGGGAGUUCUUCAAAGAAGACAGAUUUAUUGAGUCACUUUAUUGAGGAGCAUGUUCUCGGCAUCAUCACCCAAUUCGCAAAUGCGAUUAACGACUUUCAAGUGAGGCAAACUUUGGCGGAAAAAAGGCGAAAUCUCAAGGCAAUUGAAGAGAUGAUCAACAUUGCUCAAGGCCAUGUUAGCAAUGCAUUACCCCAAGUCUGCGCCUGCCUCCGGUCUGCACUUGAUAUUGAGGAGCUAUGUGACCAUGCUUUUGCGGCCUGGAAGACCUUAAUCGGCUCGCUUAACGAGGAGGACAUCGAACCGCUCAUGGAUCAGACAUUGGCGAUUGUCAUCAGGUACUGGGACAAAUUGACAGGAGAAAGCCGAAAGCAUGCCUACCAGCUCAUUGACCAUAUCUUGACGAAUCACCCGAACUUGGUACGAGAUACUUUCAAUACCAUGCCUUCGCUAGCGUCCAUCCCUGAGAUGGCUCCGUUCGAAGCGAAAAUCAAUGAAUUGAGGACGCAAAUGGACGUUCGAAGCCAGUUCCUAGCCCUCAUUCGGCGCUGCCAAAGUGAAAAUGCCACAGUCGUUGAGCAGGCUCUGGAGGAAUUACUGCCUUUUCUCUCGGGCAACGAGGAAUUCUUGCAUGUAUCCGUUCUCAGCGAGCAACCGGAUCCUGUGAUCGCACAAUUAACGAGGGCAUUGCUUGACUGUUGCGUCAAAUUCAAUACCAGUUCGGACUCGAUCACUUUAUUGUCCUCACAAUGUUUAGGUCUCGUGGGAUGUCUUGAUCCGAACCGAGUAGAGACAGUCAAGGAAAAGAGAGACAUUCUUGUUCUGUCAAACUUUGACCGAAUGGAAGAUACGGUAGAAUUUGUUCUCUUCUUCCUCCAGCAUGUUCUAGUGGAAGCUUUCUUGUCAGCGUCCAACACAAGGGCUCAAGGAUUCCUGGCAUAUGCCAUGCAAAAUCUUCUCAAAAUCUGCAAUCUGAACAUGGCAGUCACUCAACGGACUCGAGAUCUUCAGGGUGAUGAAAAAUUUCAACGGUGGAUGGAGCUUCCGGAAAGCGUCCGAAACACUCUCACGCCCUUCCUCACCUCAACGUACACUGUCACCGUCGUUGGAGCGACCUCCAAGGUCGCAUAUCCUUUGUUAUCCACCAAAAUGACCCAUAGCGAGUGGCUUCGAACUCUUGUACAAGAUCUGCUCCAAACUGGGAAUGGCGACAAUGCAAAGCUCAUAUUCGCAGUAUGCAGCCGAGUCGUGAAAGGUCAAGAUAUUUCGAUUUCUUCAUUUCUCCUACCUUUCGCCGUCCUCAAUCGCAUUGUCGGGGGGACCGAACAAGAGUUGCAGGACCUCCAGCUUGAGUUGAUGAACGUUCUUUCGCACCCCCUUCCUGAUACUAACAACAGUGUCCGCGAAACCAUCAUAAGUAGUAGCCAGAGCGUUUUUGAGGUCUUGGACUACUUGUCGCGAUGGCUCCAGGGGAAAAAAAAGCAGCUUAAUAGUCUGAACUAUCAGUCUUACCAAUCCAGUCGCUCCCACAGAGAUGCCAGCCGAGAUGGGCUCCUUGACAAAUACACGUCGCAGGUCAAAUCUGUCGAGGCCGUCUUGGCUUCAAUUCCGCCAGAGGUCAUAUCCAAACGGGCCGUUGAGUGCAAAUCAUUUUCCAGGGCUUUAUUCCAUUGGGAGCAGUAUAUCCGGAAAUGUAAAUCACAGCCGGAAAUGCAAGAACGCUCCAGCACCGAGCCUCUUUACCAACGACUGCAGGAUAUAUACAGCCAAAUCGAUGAACCUGACGGCAUUGAGGGCAUUUCAAGCCAUUUAUCUGCGCUUAACAUUGACCAACAAGUCCUGGAGCACCGCAAGGCAGGAAGGUGGGCCACUGCGCAAAGUUGGUACGAACUCCAGCUCGAAAAAGAACCAGAUAAUGUCGACGCUCAAUGGAACCUUGUCACUUGCCUCAAGGAAUCUGGCCAACAAGAUGCCAUUCUCACUCGCUUCGAGAUUGUAAAGGACAACGAAUCUGCGGCGUCCCGAUUUCUGCCUUUCGCAGUAGAGGCAUCAUGGAUAACGGGCAGGUGGGAUAAGCUCAAGGGCUACUUGGAGCUAUGUGCGAAACAAGGUGCUGGGGACUUCAACGCGGGAAUAGGAUCGGCUCUCAACACUCUUCGGCAAAGAAAAGCAGAGACAUUCACCUCUAUCAUCAAUAGGCUCAGGCUCAACGUUGCGAAAUCAUUGACUGCCAACUCCGUGGCCUCGCUGCAAUCCUGCCAUGACGAUAUGCUCCGGUUGCACGCCUUAGCAGACGUCGAGUCCAUAGCUAAUGCGGGAGCUGCGGGUUCCCAUCCGAGCCCAGAAUUACUUGGGGCCUUAGAUCGACGUUUGGAUGUCCUAGGCGGUUAUCUUGCGGACAAGCAGUACCUUCUUGGGUUGAGGCGAGCAGCAAUGGAGCUAGCAGGCGGUUUUGCCAACUCUGACAUAGCCUCAGCCUGGCUCACCAGUGCUCACUUAUCGCGAAAGGGUAACUUCACCAGCCAGGCGUAUCACUCAAUGCUCAAUGCAGCUUUGCUGAAAGAUCGAUCGGCUACCAUUGAACAUGCCAAACUUCUCUGGAAAGAUGGACACCAUCGCAAAGCAAUUCAGACGCUGGAGGGUGCGAUAUCGGCCAAUGAGGCCACCGCCGCUACAUCUUCCUCGGCCGAUUCCGAGGCAGUGUCAUUUAUCUCCAGUCGCGGGCAGAACGCAAACGUCACGGCUGCCAGGGCGCAUCUUUUGCUGGCCAAAUGGACGGACAGAGCUGGUCAAACUCACUCCCAGGCCAUUGUUCAACGAUAUCGAGAAGCCAUCAAACUGUAUCCAAGGUGGGAAAAAGCGCACUACUACUUGGGAAAGCACUACAACAAGAUCCUCGACUCGGAAAAGAUCAAGCCCAUGGGGAAGGAGGCUCAGAUAUACUUGAGUGGGGAAGCCACGAAACUCGUUAUUGACAACUAUCUUCGCUCACUGACCUAUGGAAGCAAAUACGUCUUCCAAACGCUGCCCAAACUGCUGACACUCUGGCUAGAACAUGCUUCAAUUGUUGACCAGCCAAUUGACCCGAAACGAGGGGACAACGAAGACUUCCAGAGACACACCAAAGCUCAGCGACAGAAGAGCUUGGAUGAGAUGCAUGCUCAGCUCAAAAAAUACAUCUCGUCUCGCCUGCAAGCUGCGUUGCUCUUCACGAUCUUGCCCCAGGUGGUCGCUCGCAUCUGUCAUCCCAACAGCACAGUUUAUGACCUUUUGACGCGAAUUGUGGCCAAAGCCGUCCAUAGCUUCCCACAGCAAGGACUAUGGACCGUCCUAGCAGUGGUCAAAUCCUCCAGCAAGGACCGCGCCUCCAGAGGUUACAGCUGUCUGCAAAAGAUCACGGACUACACCAAUAAGCACAAAUCAGAGUCAUCAUCGUCCGACAUUCGCCGCAUGAUCAGCCAGGGCCAAAAGUUCUCGGAGGAAUUGCUCCGGCUAUGUCUCGCACAGGUUGAGGAAAAGGUUUCUCGGGUCGAUCUUGCUCGUCACCUCGGGUUUAACCACAAAGUUGCCCCGUGCCGCCUUGUAGUACCGUUCCAAGCAAUGCUAAUCCCAAGCCUGCCCACCACCGUCCUGGACGAUGCACAGAUCUUGAACUCACUCCAAAAGCCACGCAAGAUCAGUAUUCGAGGAUCUGACGGCAAAAUCUACAAUGCACUUUGCAAGCCCAAGGAUGAUCUACGCAAGGACCAGCGUCUCAUGGAAUUCAACAACAUGAUCAACCGAUUUUUAAAACGAGACGUCGAAUCAAGCAAGCGGCGAAUGUAUAUCAAAACCUACGCUGUGACACCGCUAAAUGAGGAAUGCGGCUUAAUUGAGUGGGUUGACAAUCUCCGAACCUUGAGAGAGAUCAUCAUCAAAAUUCUGCGUGAGCGCGGUGUUGCACCAAAUUAUACGGAGAUCAAACACUACCUGAACGAGAUAUGCGCAGACCGCUCGAUGUCCAAGUUGUCACUGUUUACAACAAAGAUCCUGGCCAAGCUUCCUCCCGUUCUUCAUGAAUGGUUUAUCGAAAUGUUUCCCGAGACCGAGACCUGGUUCACGGCAAGACUGCGUUAUACGCGGUCGUCGGCGGUGAUGUCAAUGGUUGGAUACGUUCUAGGGCUUGGAGAUCGACACGGAGAGAACCUGUCGUUCGAAGAAGGAACAGGUGGUAUCUUGCAUGUUGAUUUCAACUGUCUGUUCGACAAAGGUCAAACAUUUGAAAAACCCGAGGUGGUUCCGUUCCGUUUAACAAACAACAUGGUCGAUGCCUUUGGCGCCUAUGGGUACAAUGGGCCUUUCCGGAGAACCUGCGAAAUCACCCUCAGUCUUCUGCGACAAAACGAAGAUGCUUUGAUGACCGUCCUCGAGACUUUCUUGCAUGACCCGACCACAGACUUCAUUGGGAAAAGGCGUCGCACCCAUGCAAAUGUCCCCGAUACCCCUGCCGGAGUUUUGGAAGAUGUCCGGAACAAACUUCGGGGUUUUAUGUCCAAGCAGCCUAUUCCACUUUCGGUGGAUGGCCAAGUGGACGAGCUGAUCAUGCAAGCGACCGACAAGAAGAACCUGGCAUCGAUGUAUAUCGGAUGGUGUGCCUUUUUCUGA